GUGCCCGCAACCAUGCUCCUUUUUUCUCUUCCUUUUCUUCUUUCUCUCAUUGUCUCUCUCCUUCAUCUAUUCUCCGGCGAGUCCUCGCCGGAGUCCGACCGUUAAAUUUUCCGGAGAGGUGACUCGUUUUCCCGCCAUUUGAGCUCUCCAAGCAAUUCGGUUUCUUUAGUUGGAGAUCGUUCUGCGGAUUAUAAGUCUCUGUUGCAUCGGAAGAGGAGAGACGAAUGGAUGGAGCUCGAGAUACGGGUCUCAAGAAUGUAGCUUCCACCUCCUCGCUUGCGGGGAUGGACGACUUUGAUUUAUCAAAGCUUCUUGAUAAACCGAGGCUGAACAUCGAGCGACAAAGGUCCUUCGAUGAGAGGUCUCUCAGCGAGUUAUCGAUUGGUUUCGCUGCCCGAGCAAGCGUGGAGAACUUAGAGGCCAUGAACUCGCCGGGGGGAAGGUCCUACCUAGAUACGCCGGCAUCCUCUUCUCGCAAUUCAUUUGAUCCUCAUCCAAUGGUUGCCGAAGCCUGGGAUGCUCUGAGACGGUCGUUAGUGUACUUCCGGGGUCAUCCUGUUGGGACUGUUGCCGCUCUCGACCAUACGGAGGAAGCUUUGAACUAUGAUCAGGUUUUUGUGAGAGAUUUUGUGCCCAGUGCUAUGGCUUUUCUAAUGAAUGGCGAGCCUGAAAUAGUCAAAAAUUUUCUUUUGAAGACUCUCCAUCUUCAAGGGUGGGAAAAGAGAAUAGACAGAUUCAAGCUAGGGGAAGGAGCAAUGCCGGCUAGUUUUAAAGUGCUUCAUGACCCUGCUCGGAAAACUGAUACUUUAAUAGCAGAUUUUGGUGAGAGUGCAAUUGGAAGAGUUGCCCCUGUUGACUCUGGGUUCUGGUGGAUUAUUUUGCUCCGUGCCUAUACGAAGUCUACUGGUGAUUUGUCUCUGGCAGAAACGCCCGAGUGUCAAAAGGGGAUGAGACUUAUACUGGCCCUGUGUCUGUCAGAAGGUUUUGACACGUUUCCUACACUGCUCUGUGCGGAUGGCUGUUCAAUGAUUGAUCGAAGAAUGGGUGUCUAUGGUUAUCCUAUUGAAAUUCAAGCUCUAUUCUUUAUGGCAUUAAGAUGUUCUUUAAUGAUGCUCAAGCAUGAUGCUGAAGGGAAAGAAUUCAUUGAGAGAAUUGUGAAACGUUUGCACGCCUUAAGCUUUCACAUGCGAAAUUACUUUUGGCUCGACUUCCAGCAACUUAAUGACAUAUAUCGUUAUAAAACAGAGGAGUAUUCUCAUACUGCAGUAAAUAAGUUUAAUGUUAUUCCUGAUUCAAUUCCAGAUUGGAUUUUUGAUUUUAUGCCAACUCGUGGUGGCUACUUCGUUGGAAAUGUCAGUCCUGCAAGGAUGGACUUUCGAUGGUUUGCUUUAGGAAAUUGUGUUGCUAUUCUAUCCUCUCUUGCAACUCCUGAACAGUCCAUGGCUAUAAUGGAUCUUAUUGAAUCUCGCUGGCAAGAGCUGAUUGGAGAAAUGCCUCUGAAAAUAAGCUAUCCUACUCUAGAAAGCCAUGAAUGGCGAAUUGUAACCGGUUGUGACCCCAAGAAUACGAGAUGGAGUUAUCACAAUGGUGGAUCUUGGCCAGUUCUUUUGUGGCUGCUAACGGCUGCAUGCAUCAAGACGGGACGACCACAAAUUGCAAGACGAGCUAUUGAUCUUGCUGAGAGCCGGUUGCUGAAAGACAACUGGCCAGAAUAUUAUGAUGGUAAGCAAGGGAGGUAUAUUGGUAAGCAGGCAAGAAAGUUCCAAACAUGGUCAAUUGCUGGGUAUCUAGUGGCAAAGAUGAUGCUGGAAGACCCUUCACACUUGGGAAUGAUCUCUCUGGAGGAGGAUAAGCAGAUGAAGCCUUUGAUCAAGAGAUCAACCUCUUGGACUUGCUGAGAAUACAGAAAACAGAAAAGGAAGCAUGAAAAGUGUGAUACAAGUGCGAAAGGUUCCAUUUUUGUUUGUUACAGCGUCAUUCUUUGGCAAUAUUUAUCAUUGUAGGGUUUGGCUAAAAAGACUGUAAUAUUCUUGCUGUGGCAGACAUCUUUCUUUUCAAAUAAAGAGACAUUUUUGAUGUUCGUGUUUCAACUCCUAAAUUCUUAGACUCAAUCAGUGUCUCAGAUGCUGGCUUAAAGCUA